AUGUGCAGGCAGGAUCGUUCUUCCCUGAUUGCACAUUGGGCGCCGUUCAUCCGAGCAGCUGUCGAGUACAUACAAGAAACGUAUGAUGGAAAGGAUGAUCCUCAUGUCGAGGGAUUAAUUUCAUUCAUAUUUGCCGUCAUGGCACAUGAUGUGGCGGAUGUACGAUGGCACAGUCUGCAGGGGUUGUCUGGUUACUUUAUUGAUGCAAUGGCUCGUAUGGAUUUCCAUGGCGACUAUGCAAAAGCCCACCCAGUCGCUGAUACCGGUGCCGAAUUCACGCUACAACACCUUACUCCACGAUUAGCAUCCUAUAUCAAUGCCACCACAUGGCAUGUUCCUGUGCGUGACCUGGUCAACAUUUAUGCCAAACUCUACGCCGAUAGCACCAUGUCUUCAUCCACACCACGUGUACCAAUGGAAAGUCACUUGAUGUAUUGUAUGACUACAGCCUUUGCCGCAUCUCGCAUCGAUUAUCAGUUGGGCCAACAUCUAUUCGGAUAUUAUGGUCGUAAAAGCCCGUUCCUGGUUGAAGACUUGGUCGACUAUUACAAAGGAGGAUUGCAAGAUAUGACAGCAAGUGUCACUGAUUGCAUUGCCAAUCUUGUAGAUGCGUUUGAAGGCAUUGAACCAGCAGUUCUUUGUGGAUCGUAUUUCGACAACAAGGAUCAGCAGACUGAAGCAUACCCUAGUCAUCGCACUAGUAUUCACCGCCAUUGGGUGCAUUCCAACAAGCAGAUGUCAAAAUUGCAACAGCAUUAUGAUAAAGAGCGUGGUGUGCUGACGCUAUCAAUGCAACAUGAGAAGGAGCCCCUUGAUUUGAUUCAGCAGGAUAACGUUAUGCCCGUUGUUGUCACAUCUUCCUCGUCGGCUAGACGACAACGACCUCAUGGAAUGAUGUAUCAAAAGGAGAUGAUGGAUUUGCAUGAUAAUGAUCAGGGACCCAAUGAGCAACAUCCAAUGUGGAAUUUCCCAUGGAAAGGCGAUGACGAUUGCAUUGAUUUGGAUACAACCUCGUACGAAACAAGCUUUGCUCAUUCGUUGCUUACACUAUCAGCACCUGCAUUUUCAGCAUCGAUUGGUCACGCUUCUACAACAGGCGACUUUGAUGGUGACGGUGAACUUGAUUUGGCCAUAUCAGCACCUUAUGUCAAUGACCAACCCAAACUCGCCACGGGUGCUGUGUAUCUUUUAAACGGGACACGUGCGCUUUUGACAAGUGAUCGUGCCACGGAGGAUGCUAUCAAUAACGACAUUCGCCGCGUUGCACAAGUCAUGCUUAAAGGUGAUAUGGAUCGUGGCCGCUUUGGAUGGGCUAUGGCUACUGUGGAUCUUAACGCGGAUGGCACGGAUGACCUUGCUGUUGCCUCCCCUUUUUCAAAUCGCAAUCGUGGACAUGUGGAUGUGUUUUAUGGCAGCACCAAGCAUGGUAUCGGCAGCACGAAACCAGAUUUGAGGAUUUCAUUACCUCCAGGUAGUAGUACCGAAGGCUUUGGAGUGUCACUCAAAGGGCUUGAUAUCGAUGGUGAUGGACAUCAUGAUCUCGUUGUGGGGUGUCCUUAUUGCACAGUAGCUGGUGCACCGCAUGCUGGUGCCAUUUACGUGUUUCUCAGCAGCAGCAUCAAGUCAUCUCCUCGAUCCGCUAUGUAUUCGACACCUGACAUGGUUUUCAAGAACCCGUGUCCUCAGCCAUAUGAAAGAUUUGGAACCACAUUUGAGUCCGUAGAUGGUGUGCUGCUGGUUGGUGCACCAGGGUAUAACAUGGGUCCUUUGCAACGAGUUGGUCGAGUCUAUGCAAUGAAUCAACAAACAAGAGGAAUUCAAUGGACAAUGGCUGGAUCACGAGAAUUUCAACAAUUUGGAAGCUUAAUUGUAUCAGCUGACACGCGAGAUCAAGGUCGUUUGGUGGCGAUUUCUAGUCCAUCGGAGGAAACUGGUGAUUUGGAUAGCCUCCUACAGCGACAUUGGCAAGCUGGCGCUGUUCGAGUUUAUGAUUGGAAAGUGCUCAAUACGGGCAAUACUGAGCAUGACUUGGAUUAUGGCUUGUUACGAUCUAUGGAAGGCAAACAGGCUGCUGGUCAUCUGGGUGCUGCAAUGGCGUUUUAUGAAUCACAUGACGAUGGAUAUGACAUGGGCUUAUGGGUAGGCGAACCUAUGGCCAAUGGAGAGCGUGGACGAGUGCAUAAAUGGUCAUUUAUUGAAGAUGAUAUGGUUUGCAUGAAAAAUGCGGAUUCAGUGAGCCGCUUUGGAUCCCAUUUGCAAUCAGCUGCUGGUGUACUAAGUAUCACAUCUGCACAUUAUAGUAGGGAUGCAAGACUUGCUGGUGCCAUCCACCUCAUUCUUCAGUAG